GUGAACGAACACUGCCUGUGCAUCCGGCCGCACUUCUCCAUUCUGCAAAGCCAUGCGCCUGCGGACGCAGUACCGCCAACACUAGGCCAAAGCUAUAGAAGCUGUUGCUCGCCGUUGCUGUUGCUCCCUACAAAGCGGUCGAUUAUAUAGGUUCGGCGAGCAGUGGAACGCCUGAUGAUCGCGACGCGCCACCUGAGGCCCCGUCAAGAGAAGAACAUCGCUUGCCCUUGACCGCCGCCCUUCUUUUCCCUCUUUCUUCUCUCCCUUCUCCCCCUCGUCUAUCAUCUGUCUGGCUUCGACGAAGGUUGCUCAAUAAGCCUUGUCACAAUCGUAACGACGAGUAUUCGACGGCAAGGAAGAGACGAUGAGCAACGGCGGCACUCAGGCAGAGCACAUCCGGCGGGUGAUUGAGAACAUCAGCGACAGGCCGCCCAUCCCAGAAAUCGACUUUACGCAGCACACCCUCGACGACGGCAUCACGGUCAGCACCCAAGAGCGGGUCGUCAAAGAUGUCCAAGCGCCCGCGAUGUCGGUCCCGACCGACGCCCAGUUUUACUCGCGCCAGGACCCGAACAAACCCGACAUCGCGUUCCUCAAGAACCACUUCUACCGCGAAGGCCGGCUGACGGAAGAGCAGGCGCUCUUCAUCAUCGAGAAGGCGACCGACAUCCUCCGCGCGGAGCCGAAUCUGCUUACUGUGGAUGCGCCGGUAACAGUGUGCGGGGACAUCCACGGGCAAUACUUCGACUUGAUGAAGCUCUUCGAGAUCGGUGGUAACCCGGCGGACACGCGAUAUCUCUUCUUGGGCGAUUACGUCGAUCGGGGGUACUUCAGUAUCGAGUGCGUACUGUACCUCUGGUCGCUCAAGAUCUGGUACCCAAACACCCUCUUCCUCCUCCGCGGCAAUCACGAAUGCCGACACCUCACGGACUACUUCACUUUCAAGCUCGAAUGCAAACACAAGUACUCCGAGCGGAUAUACGACGCGUGCAUGGACUCGUUCUGCGCGCUACCCCUCGCCGCCAUCAUGAACAAGCAGUUCCUCUGCAUCCACGGUGGUCUCUCGCCCGAACUCAACACCCUCGACGAUCUCCGUAGCAUCGACCGCUUCCGGGAGCCGCCCACCCACGGUCUCAUGUGUGACAUCCUCUGGUCCGACCCGGUCGAGGACUUUGGCCAGGAGAAAACAACGGAGAGCUUCGUGCACAACCAUGUGCGCGGCUGCUCCUACUUCUACACAUACCAAGCGGUCUGCAACUUCCUUGAGCGGAACAACCUCCUCUCUAUCGUCAGGGCACACGAAGCGCAAGAUGCAGGAUACCGCAUGUACCGCAAAACGCGAACGACGGGCUUCCCCUCGGUCAUGACCAUCUUCUCCGCGCCCAACUACCUCGACGUGUACAACAACAAGGCGGCCGUACUGAAAUACGAGUCCAACGUGCUCAACAUCCGGCAGUUCAACGCGAGCCCGCACCCGUACUGGCUCCCCAACUUUAUGGACGUCUUCACCUGGAGCUUGCCGUUCGUGGGCGAGAAGAUCACGGACAUGCUCGUCGCGGUGCUGAACUGCUGUAGUAAAGAGGAGCUUGAGGACGCGGUGGAGCCGGUCGUCUCCGAAGCCGCACCCAUCGACGAGUCGCAGGAGCGGAAGAAGGUGAUCAAGAACAAGAUCCUCGCCGUCGGCCGCAUGGCGCGCGUCUUCGCCCUCCUCCGAGAGGAAUCCGAGCGCGUGUCCGAGCUCAAGAGCGUGUCCGGCUCUGCCAAGCUCCCGCACGGCACGCUCGCGCUCGGCGCGGAAGGGAUCAAGGACGCGAUCAAGAACUUCGAGGACGCGCGCCGGUCGGACAUCGAGAACGAGCGGCUGCCGCCCGAGCUCAUCGACGCCGACUCGGACGAGGCCAAGGCGCGGCUCUCGCAGCCGGCCUCGCCCUCCGCCGCGCCCGCCGAGCCCAUCUCGUCCCCCGCGCUCGCCGCCGCGCUCUCCGAGGUCGCCGGCCCCGGCCCCGCGGGCUCGGCGGCGUCGCCCUCGACCGGCCCGGCGACCCCCGCCUCGCCCGUGACGCCGACGAGCCCGGGCCCGCUCUCGGCCCCGUUCCGCGGGGCGGGCCACCGCCGCCAGGCGAGCUUGGGCACGACGAUGACGAGCCCGAGCACGCGCCGGCGUAGCCUCGAGAGCACGAUCAGCCUCAUCAAGGAGGUCGUCGACGGCGGGGACCCGGCCGAGCCCGAGUGGGAGAAGCUCGCGGACAACGUCGCGACGGGCGAGAAGGACGCGGCGGCGGCGGCGGCUGGUGCAGCACGAUGAUUUUUUUCUUUCAUCUAUCGCGGCUGAGAAUUCCGAGUGGGUCGUUGACGGAUGUUAUAUGGGUUGCCCGUGCCCCCCUUCCCUACCUACCCUCCCCUCCCCAGUUUCCUGCUUUCCCUCUUGCAAUUCGUUGUAUCAUAAGCUCUGUGGAUGGUGAUUCGGUAAAAAUGUGAACGAUGGAUAUAUG